AUGCGUUACACCAUGAUCAACGGCCUUGUUCUUUUGGCUGUGUCUCCGCUGACUGCCCUCGCCCUGCCCGUGGACCCCAACGACCAGGCUGGACAAUGGGACCCCAGUGGACAGUACCGCAAGGGUCACUGGCAAAACGGAGAGUUCAUUGCCAACGGCGAUAACCGCUACAAUCAGAACGGCGACGUUGACCAAAAUGGUCAGUGGCGUGAGAACGACCAGAACGACCAAAAUGGCUGGACUGACGCAGAUGGAGAGUGGCACGCCAACAACCAAAACGACCAGAAUGGUUGGACCGACGCCAACGGCCAAUGGCACGCAAACCAGAAGCGCGAGCUUCGCGGCCAAGCCACUUCCACCACAAAUGGAGCCCGUGCUGUCGACAACGCCGUUAACAAAGUCAACAACCCUCAGGUUACUCCCAGCUCCCAGGGCAGCAAGUACCAGAGCUACGGCAACUACAAGAACUAUGGCUCUUACCAGAACUACCCUGCCAACCCUCAGGACCAGAAUCAAGAUAAGGAUAUCAAGGCCAACGCUGGUCAACAGGAGUAG